AUGGGUGACGGUGGUGUCCUGCUCACCGCACUUGUCCUGCUGCUGGCCGCCGUGGCUGUCUGCUGGGCCAUCGGCCACUGGCAACCACGGCGGCGGCACACACGGACAGCAGCGACGAGGAGCAAGCGCUCCCGCGUCCGGCCCAGAGGCUCUCGGAGGAAGCGAGGAGCCCCCGCAGCUCCCAGGUCCUGCGGGCCUCGGGCCACCUCUCACAAGCGGCCACGCGCUCCCGCCAGCCCCACGCGCGGCGCCUGCAGCUGCCGCCGCUGCACGGCAGUGGCCCGCGAGCUGCAGGAACUGAUGCUGCUGCUCUGGGCUGGCACUGGGACACGUGUGCCGCUCUACGCGGGGAUGUGGCAGGCGCUGUGGGAAGGACUGGAGGAGCUGGGGAAGCGAGGCCACCUGCCCUGCUGCGGCUCCUUCAGAUCCUCCACAAGCCUCCGUCCCCGCAAGAGGCUGCUCCCAGCAAGACUCUCCAUCCCUGGGAGCGCCUCAACCCCUGCAAGGAUGGCACAGCAGCGGAGACCCGCCAUCCACGCAGGAGGUGCAGGCUGUCAGAGACCCUCCAUCCUGCCAGGAGCCUCUGCUAUCUCUGACAGCCUCCAUCCCUCACAGAGGCUCAGUGAGACCUGUCGGCCUGCAGAAGGUGCAGAGCCCAUGCACAGGUCUCCCAGCUCCCUUGGGCUCACGGACUUCAAGGGCACAACCCCGAGCCUUGACGUGGCCAGGGAAAGCCCUGAAGUCCAGAUGGGAGCCCAGCCCGAGGCAAGGGAGCUUUCCCAGGAGCAGCUGGCGGAGCAGCCAGCGUCCUGGCACCAGCAGGUGUCAUCCCGCAGGUCCCAGGACGCUGUGUUGGCUGUGCCAGCUGGCAACAGCCCCAGCCUGGUGGUGGAGCCGAUCCUUGAGACACCAAGGAGUCUCCUCCAUCCCCAGGAAGCUGCCGCACCACGGCUCUCGACUACCUCGAAGGCCUUCGUAAGAGCAGCUGCUCCUGGGACGCCCCCGGGCGAAGCCUCGGGCUGUAGCCCCGGCCGGCCACAAGAGCUGAGCGCGGCCCACGACGCCGGGGAUAGAGACGGGCGAAAGAAGGAGCUGCAGGAGCUCUACCAGCUGGGCCCGCAGCUGGGCAGCGGCGGCUUCGGCACCGUUUUCUCGGGCAUCCGCCUCUCGGACGGGAGGCCGGUGGCCGUCAAACGCGUGGCCCGGGAGAGCGUCCUGCAGUGGGUCGAGCUGGUGAGAAGGCUGCCCGAGGGGCCACGGGGGCAUGCCAGGCAGGGCCCGGCGCAGCCACAGGGCAGCGUCAGGCCCGCUGUAGGCGCUGUCUCCUCCUCACAGCCCGACGGCACCUGCGUUCCGAUGGAGAUCGCGCUCAUGGAGAAGGUGGGCUCCGGCUGCCGCUUCAUCAUCCAGCUGCUGGACUGGUUUGAGCUGCCUGACAGCUUCGCGCUGGUGAUGGAGCGUCCGGAGCGGUCGCGGGAUCUCCUGCAGCUCCUGCGGGAGCACGGGUUCCUGAGCGAGGACAAGGCGCGCUGGCUCUUCUGCCAGGUGCUGUGCGCCGUGCAGCACUGCACCGCCUGCGGCGUCCUGCACCGGGACAUCAAGCUGGAGAACCUCCUCGUGGACCCGGCAUGCGGAGAUCUGAAGCUGAUUGACUUCGGCUGCGGCACCUUCCUCCAGGAGCGAGCCUUCACGCGAUUUGCCGGUGAGCCGAGAGCCCCAGCCCGGGCCCUGCUCCCGGUGCCGGGCACUGCACGGCCCCGUUCCCUCCUCGGCCGUGGCCGUGGGGGGCGGCGUUCAGCCGGCUGCCGCCAGCCCUGUGGCACGGGGCGGAGCCGUGUCCCAGGAGCCGGCUGCCGGCCCUGCCCACACGGGGCAGGGGCCGCCAAAGCCGGGCCCCGGCCGCUCGGCUCGGCAGCCCUGCGAGGGCUGGGGCUGCCCCGUCGGCCUUGUCUGCCUUGCAGAAGGGGUUCUUGGCUUGGGCCGGAGGGCGCGGAGUGGCCUCGGGGGUGGGGGGAGGUUGUGGCCGGCAGUGCAGCCCCUGCCUCUGGCAGGAGGCUGGCGCCAGGCUCUGGAAGGCAGCAGCCUGCGGCUGGACAGCGCUGCCUGUGUCCCCUAGGAACACAGGCGUACAGCCCGCCCGAGUUGGUCGCCAUGGGCUGCUACCGCGGCGAUUCGGCCACCGUGUGGUCCCUGGGCGUGCUGCUGUACGCAAUGGUGUGCGGGAGCCUCCCCUUCGAGGACAACCGCGCCAUCGUGCUGGGGCAGCUCUUCUUCGGGCCGCAGGUCUCUCCAGGUUGGUACCCGGCCUCAAGCGGGCGGCUUUGGCAGACGGCAGCGCGCAGCCCGGCGCGGCCCUCCCGCAGCUCCGCGGCCCCUGCCCUCAAGGGCCGGCCGCAGGCAGGAGGCGGCCCGUGCCGCCGGGCUCCGUGUGGCACACGCCGCCUGAAGGAGGGGGCCGUGUCCCGCCGGGCCGCCCUCCCGCACCGGGCACCGGCGGCGCUCUGGGCCCGGCGCGGCUCUGAGCACACGCAGCACGGCCCGGGCCCCGCGGGCGUCGGGGGGCGCCGGGCACGAGCCUUCUGCAAGUGACCGCCGCUUUCUGCCUCCUCUCCGCAGAGUGCCAGCACCUCAUCUGCUGGUGUCUGUCCAAGCACCCCGCGGACAGGCCACAGCUGGAGGAGAUCUUGCGCCACCCUUGGCUGCGGGGCUGGCGGUUUUGAGGCCUUGCCAGAGCCUCUGCAGCACCCAGGUACCCGGGCCCAGGCAGGACUCAAUAAAAGAAAAAAACACCAAACCAACCACAAACCAAAAAAUAAAACAACCACCAACCCAUUCCCGGCUGUCAGGUCUGGUGCUAUUUGGGACCAUUUCCACUCCGAGCCGAGCCCCAAUGUCCCCUCAUAAUGACCGCCAGCUUGAGGGAGGAGCCGCCAUUUAAGGGAAGCCGUGAGGGGCAAGCAGUCACCCCGCAAAGAAAUGGGGGUAAUCUGGGAAAACACCCACACAUAUCAAACACCCACCAGCUCCCCGAGUGAGGAGGGACCC